AUGAUCUCUGUGAAGUAUAUGUUAACCAUAUUCUUCUCCAUAUGGAGCAUGCAGAUCUUCUUUUCCCCAAUGACUCUCCAACUUGGGGUUGAUGCCCAAAGGCAAAGUCAGUAUUCCUGGAAAACAGGCACAUGGGGACAGUGUGUUUCUCAGGAGUGUGGCUCCAGCGGCCUUCAGAGCAGACCAGUGUGGUGUGUCCAUUCUGAGGGUUGGAGCACACACCAGUCCAACUGUGCUCCAUCAGUACGUCCACACAGCCAACGCGCAUGUGUGAAGAUGUGCGAGUGGCAACAGGAGCUGUUUGAGUGGCAGCCCUCUGCAUGGGGACCCUGUAUACCUAGUCCAUCCUUCUCAGCCAAGCAAUGCGUGACAGCGCAGCGCGGGCUUCAGAAACGCAACGUGACGUGCGUGUGGCGCUCCAAUGGCACAGCUGUGAGUCCGCACCUGUGUGAGGCUUUCACCCCAGCACCAAGCAUGGAGCAAGCUUGUCUGUUGCCGUGCCCGCUGGACUGCGUGGUGUCCGACUUUUCUCAUUGGUCAGCUUGCAGUCGAAGUUGCGGCCCUGCCCUACAGCAAAGGACCAGGCAGGUGCUGGCUCCGCCUUUGUACGGGGGAUCCAACUGUCCCAACCUGACUCAGAUCCGCAACUGUAAUCACAAUAAUUCCGUCUGUCCCUCUGACCAGCAAGAGUUCAGCUAUAGCCUGUGGGCGGGGCCAUGGAGUGACUGUAGACUUAAAGGAAUGUUGCCCAGUGGCAGGACAACAGUAGACUUCAGCGCUGGCUUAUCUGGAAAAACAGCAGUCAAGCAUUCAUAUACAGUCAAACGGCAUACAGAGAGAUUUCACCAUCUCCAUCAUAAUCAUCAUCAUCAUUAUCAUCAUCAUCAUUUUCAUCACUAUCAUCAUAAUGACAAUCAUAAAGACUCCAAAGCAUCCUGGGAUAUUCAGGUUGGUUACCAGACACGCCAGCUCCGCUGUAUGAGGAGCGACGGCAGAAAUGCAAUGCUAAGUCUCUGUGAUCCUGACAACCGACCAGUGAAUUUUCGGUCAUGUGUGAUGCCCAGAGACUGUGAAGUGUCAGACUGGUCUCCAUGGAGCCAGUGCUCUAAGACCUGCCACACAGCUGACCUGUCACCUGGCUAUAGGACCAGAAAGCGCGUCCUGAGAAGGACUCCCAUUGGUGGAGGAAAGCCCUGUCCAGCUCUGGAAGAAAAAGAAACUUGUAACGCAUCAGGACAUCCGCUUCCUCCGUGUCCUAGGUUUGAAUGGAUGGUGACCAGUUGGAGCAGUUGCUUGGCGGACCCACUACUCAACCAGCAGAAUCGUCGCCAUGGCAACUCAAGUUUUCUGUGUGGGGGUGGAAUCCAGACAAGGGAGGCAUACUGCGUUCAUACUGAUGCCAACACAGCACCCUCCCAUAUGGGCAGGCCAGUUGAGAGGAGCUUCUGCUCUAGGCCUCUUCCACUGCUGGUCCAGCGCUGCUCCAUCUCUUGUCCCUCAUACUGUCUCUUCUCACCAUGGUCAGAGUGGGGACCUUGUCUCCAUGACAUCUGUUUGAAGCCACAGGGAGCAAAAGGUUUCAGGUUUAGAACUCGGUCCAUAAUUGGAGAAUCAUGGAGCGAGUCAGAGAAUUGCAACCAUGUUACUGAAUCAAUGCCCUGUGAUGACCCUGUUUGCCUCAUGUGGCGUCUGACACCGCAGGGUCCUUGUAUACCUCAAGAGGGAGCCUGUGGCCCUGGAACCCAAGAACAGAAUGCUGAGUGUGUCACUGUAACAGGGGAGGCAGUGCCUGCCAAACAGUGCCCUGAGGACCCCCCUCCAGUCAAACAGCCCUGCGUGGUGCCAUGCCCAGGUGACUGUGUGCUGGAAGACUGGGGACCCUGGUCACCCUGCUCACAUUCCUGCUCCAACAAACACUCAAAGGGCAGACAAGGUCGCACGCGUUCUGUUUUGGCCCUGCCCACACAAGGGAGGAAAACUUGCCCAUCUGCGUCUGCUUUGGAGCAGUGGAGACCGUGUGCCACUCACCCAUGUGUGGUGUUUUACUGGGACGCUUCUCCGUGGGGUCCCUGUACUCCAAAUCCCUUAUCUGAUAGUGACAACACCACAAACCAAUGGGACACAGAGACCAUCUGUGGAAACGGAACACAGACUCGCCAAGUGACCUGCAGGAGAGUCGACAAUGGACAGGUGGCCCCUAAAAGGUGUCCUGAGUCCACUCGGCCAGUCUUCACUCGAUCCUGUCCAGUCCCUUGCAAGACAGACUGCAUAGUCACCCCAUUCAGUGAAUGGAGUCCCUGUCCUUCCAAAUGUUCACCUGGAAAUACUACUUUAGCCACUCAGUCACGCUACAGGAUCAUUGUUCAGAGGUCAGCCAAUGGGGGGCAGGAAUGCCCAGACACACUCUAUGAGGAGAGAGAGUGUGAGCCGCCCCUUCCCUGCCCCACGUAUAGGUGGCAGGCCCACAGCUGGAGAUCGUGCAUUCUGGUUCCUGAUUCCGUCAGACAGGCUGUGGGAGGACCAGCUGAGGCAUGUGGACUGGGACUGGAAAUUAGAGAUGUAGCAUGCGUUGGAGUCGACGACGUCCAUGUAGAAAUAACAGAGUGUCUGCAGUGGGCAGGUGUGAUGCCUGCUCAGGUGCGGUCAUGUCAGGUGAUGUGCAGAGAUGACUGUACCCUCAGCCCCUGGAGCCGAUUCUCUCAGUGCCAGGGCUGUGGAAGCUGGCGUACCCGCACACGUACUCUCAUAGGCCACAGUAAGAGAAGAUCACACUGCCAUCAGGAAUCUCUGUUUCCCCUGGUGGAGAAAGAGAUCUGUCCCUGCUCUGAAUACAAGGUUCAGCCAUAUGGUGACUGGUCGCCCUGCCUGCUCCCUGAGGCCCAUGACUGGAACAGCUUUUCUCUUGGCCAAGGAGGCCUCCAGUGGGACCAGAGGGCAGCCCAUCUCUGGAGAGUCCAGUGGAGUCGCAGGGAGUGUGGCCAAGGCCUGCGUUAUAGAGCUAUUGCCUGUCUGGACCACCAGGGACUCUUGGUUGAUCCAGCUCACUGCAGCACCACAGGCUAUGAGGAAGAAGUCUGUCAUGUGCCCUGCCCUCUGGACUGUAGGCUAAGUGAGUGGUCAGUUUGGUCUCCCUGCAGUGCCCCCUGUGGUGGGGGAGUGAAGGUGCGCUCCCAGUGGCUCAGGGAAAAACCAUUUAACGGAGGAUCUCCCUGCCCAAAAUUAAACUUCAAAAAUCAGGCUCAGGUGUCUGAGGUGUUGCCUUGUCACACUGAGUGCAGUCAGCAUGUUUGGGAGACAGAGCCCUGGUCCACAUGCACUAUUCACUCAUCUAACAUGCCCGGUGCAGACGAGAAACAGCCAGCCUGUGGAGAUGGCGUCCAAACGCGCAAAGUACGAUGUAUAAAGAGAACUGGAGAGAAUCAGGGUGAAAAUGUCGCUGAGUCCUUGUGUCGUCAGGAGGAACCACCCAUCACUACCCAGUCUUGUCUAAUUCCCUGUCCUGCGCACUGUGUUACAACCCACUGGAGUCAGUGGAGUUUGUGCCCUGUGUCUUGUGAUCAGAGUAUGCUGAGAUGGAGGACAAGAAGUGUAUUGAGACUGCCUGAGAAUGGACACACAUGCCCUGAACUGAACCAGACCCAGCCCUGCACUCUCAAUUCAACAUGUCUCACCUACACCUAUACGUACUCAGACUGGAGCACAUGCCAGAUCAGUGAAAAUGCAGUAUGUGGGCCGGGCAUUAAAACACGCCUGUUAAACUGUGUGCGUAGCGAUGGGAGACUAGUAGAACUGAGCAUGUGCAAAGAGUGGGGUCCUUCUCGAGGAAAGCUGCAGGUGCCAUGUGAGGUGAUCUGUUCAGUUAACUGCCUCCUCUCAGCCUGGUCGCCAUGGUCACCAUGCUCACACACCUGUGGAAGCCAAAGCCAGAUGAUACGUUCAAGAGUGGUGCUACAAGAAGCAGGAGAGGGAGGUCGACCAUGUCCCUCACAGCUCUCCCAAACCAAGCCCUGCCCCAUCACGCCCUGCUACAGCUGGCUUCUGGGAAACUGGUCUCCCUGUCGAGUUGAGGGAGCGGAGUGUGGUGAGGGUAUGAGGGAGAGGAAUGUGACAUGUGUGGUGCACUGGGGAUCUCUGUCAGACGAGAGGUCACCCAAAGCAGUGGAGGAAGAGAGGUGUGGCAGUAAGUCAGGGAUAGCCAAUGAGAGUGAGCUACGCCUGCCCUGCUCACUUCCCUGCCCAGGGGACUGUCACCUGACCGAGUGGUCAACCUGGAGUUCAUGUCAACUGAUGUGUUUGGAGGGGCGAAGUUUUGAGACAUUGGGGCGACAGGCCCGUUCUAGAGCAGUAGUGAUACAAGUCCCCGAAAACCAGAACUCCUGCCCCAGCCAGGUCUACGAGACUAAAGUCUGCAAAGGGGGAUCUUGUCUCAGCUAUGAGUGGAAAACCGGUGGCUGGAGUGACAACAAACGCACCGUCUGGUGUCAACGCUCAGAUGGAGUUAAUGUCACCGGAGGUUGCAGCUCACGUAGCAGACCGUCGACUGUUCAGCACUGCCAGCCGCCUUGCUCUAAACCUUUUUCAUUCUGCACUCAGAACGGUGUGUGUGGUUGUGAGAGGGGAUUCACAGAGGUCAUGACGUCUCACGGAUUCUUGGAUUACUGCACGAGAACACCAGGUUCAGAUUCUAAGAAGGCAGAUGUAAAGAAAAGCACAGGGCACCUGAGACCAAGGAAAGUUUGGCACAGCAACAGAGUUCGAAACUGGCCACUGCAACCCCUCGGACCAGAUGGGAGAGUGAGACUGUGGGUGUAUGGGCUGAUGGCAGCAGGAUUCAUCCUGAUUCUCCUUAUCAUCGCUAUGUCUUUCCUGCUGUGCAAAAACACUGAAGAUAAUCCAAGCAAGAGUGGACCCCUCAAGGCUCUGGCCCUGGCGUAUGAUGGAGACGUGGACAUGUGA